CGGGACGGAAAGAAGAGAAUGCGGGAAGAGGACACCCCAUCGGAGUUUUCGGAAGUGGACGUGGCCUUCGGGGGUCGCGGCUGGCGCCCCGUCUCGGCCCCGACCGGAAGAAGGGACUCGGCCGAUUCGGUCAUGAAACCGCCCCCCGCUCGGACCCGGGAUGCGAUAAAAUCUGGAAAAGAGACGGAGGACCCGCCUACCGGACCGAAGUUCGGGACCUUUCAGGGAGACGGGCAGGCGGCAAAUUCCUUCCCUCGGCUCCCGCUGCCACGCCGUCCGGAAACUCCAACGAAAGAUCCCUCGAGCCCUGCCGGCCACGGAAUCUCGGAGGUUUCGUCUAGCCGCGGCGGGUCCCCGGCCAAUUCGGACCCGCCGUUCUAUUUCCUAUAAUAAAAUAUUUAUCACCCGUCUUCCUUCGCCCCUUUUCGAAACCUUAAAAGCUCUCCCGGGAAACGGCCACCGCCCGACCGGAGGGAGUAAAACAACGCCGUCGACCGGGCGAGAAAAUCGGAGGCGAACGAUGGAGAAAAUAGAAAUUGUUUCGUUUCUUGGCCAAAGUGACCGUUCCUCUGUAUCCACCCGGUAAAUUGAAAUAAUAUUUUUGAAGAAGCCAGUUAAACCGGUUGAAAGGACGAUUUUGUAAUUAGUCAACCUACUUUUACCUAUUACAUACUUUGUUUAUUUUUACCAGUAAAUAGAAAAGUCUGGAAUGACGCUCGAUAUCCAACCCCCGAAUUAACGAAGACGAGAAAUAUGUAAAAUAAAAAAU